UGUUUGUAUUUAACAGUGCCUGCUUCAACCCUGUAAAGAAGAGUACUAGGGUUUAGCAUAUUUCAAAGAGAGAAGCAAAGAUGGGAGGGAAAGGGAAGAAAAGAAGAGAGAAAAAUUACAGAGCAGCCCAUGGUGGCCCCACUAGACUACCACCCCCACCCACCCCCUCCUCCAUUGAUGCAGUGCCCUCUAAACUUCGUCAACUUAUGGCUUUUUCAGGGGAUGGGAAAGGUUCACACGAUAAUGCAGAAAGGAAGAAAGGAGAUGGUGGUGACAGUGCUAAUGGGAAGAGAAUACAUUCAGAAGAUCGAGUUCAAGCUAAAAAUGCGGGUAACAGAAGCAAAGAUGACAAAAACAGUUUGAGUGGUGUUGAAGUAGCAGAACUUAAUGCACAUCAGAAGAGAAACAAAAAGAGAAAAAGAAAGGAAGUGAAGGACCUUCGGUUUGAUACGGCUGAGCUGGGCAUUACUAGUUCAAAGAGAAAGGAGCGAAAGAAACAGCGUUUGGCAGAAAUGAAGAAGAAACACAAAAAGGGCAAUGCCGAUGAAAAUAUGGAUUUUCCUGGCCGUGAAGAAAUAAAAUUUGGUGAAGUCGUUGAAGCUCCACCUAAGUUGGUUGUUCCAAAGGCAUUCAAGAAUAAUGUACAUGAUGCUUCGAAAGAAAGACUUCGAUUGCAAGCAGUUGAGGCCUAUAGGCAGCGGAAAGGAUGGACAUCAAGACUCGGGAUUCAGAUUACUCCACCAGUAACAGGGUCGCCAUUGGUAUAGUUAUCCCAGACAGCUAGUGUAAAAGAUCCACAUUGUGCACCAUAUAAUAUCCAAAGCAGAAGUAAGGAAAUACUUGUCACGGAAAAAGUUGAAAGAAAAAAAUGGAAAAGGAAGUGGAGGGUCGGUUAAAUUAUACAAGCUAUGAGUUUUUCUUGUAGUUUUGUAAGCACCAAUGUCACUGGAGGAAUGUACAGGGAUGUACUGUCGAUGCUAAUUCACUUUUUAUUCAGUUUACCCCUGCA